GACUUCUGUGUUCUGUGGGCUUGUAAAGAGUUAUUGGAGUUAAUUUAUUAAUUCAAUUCUAUAUUCUUUUAUUAAAAUAGCGGUUAAUCGCUAAACAAAGUGUAAAAUUUAAUAUUGCUGACAUAAUAAAUCUAAAAAAUGUCAUUCAACAAAUAUAAUACACGUAAUACUGGCCGAUACAAUACUCCGGGACAAUUUGUUUCUGCCGGCGAGGUGAGUAAUCAAUCAAUACAGUAGUUCCAUUUUAUAUUUUUGUGAUUUAUGUGCUCAUUAAAUUAUAAAAUUAAUGAAUUGUCUAAAUUAUCGUUUAUAAAUUGCCAACAAAUUUUAAACUUCAGUAAGUAUAUGAUUUACUAUCUUCACUUUGACAAUGUAUGCAUACUGUGUACAUAAUAGUUAAAUAAAUAUAUUUCAAAUUAUUUCGAUAUAUUAUGUUGAAUUAUUAUAUAUGUCAAUGUAUACAUUAUUAUUUAAAUAUUUUUUUGUUUAAUUAUUAUUUGUAUGUGUGUAUUUUAUGAUUUGUGGGUGUUUUUACUCUUGCAAACAAUCUAUUCAUACAGUAGCGGGUUAUUGUAGUCCAUCGAAACUAUCUAUUAUAGUAUAUAUUUUACUUUGUAACAUGAUUUUAUGAUCGAGCGAUCAGAACGAAAUUUAAUAAAUCGUUUAUUCGGCUAUUUUUUCUACGCAUCGGCAAUGGCUUCGGCUGUUGAAGUACCACCAGCCAUUGCAUGUCGAGUGAACACGUUUUGUCUCUUUCACACCCACCUAUGCAUACAUUGCUUUUGCAUUUGACUUAUGGCUAUUACCUGUGGAUAAAUGUGAUAUUAGAAAUGAAAAAGUAAGUGUGCAUGUUUUUAACAAAUAUUUUCAAAUUACAUGGCCUUGAUCUAGUCUAAAUUUGUCUCAUGUUUGAUGUCACGGUUUGUUUUUAGGUGCGAUUGCUAAUGUAGUAGAUUUUGUUUUGUGCAACAAUAAUAAUAUUUGUUGUAAGAUAAGAAGAUAAUACAAUUGUAUAUAAGUAUUAUUUUAUUGAAAAUUUAACUUAUGUAUUAAUUGUUACUUAAUUAACUCGUAAUCAUCCAGUCCUAAACCUGGAUAAAGCAUUAAGAAAAUUUUAUUGCAAUAUAAAUCUUCUUAACACUAAAAUCUCGAUAACUGUAAUCUUAACGAAACGGGAACACCAAAGAAACCAAUCAAGCUUUUGUUUCACGAAACGUCCAUCACUUCAUUCGGCAUGUUUUUUUUAUUAAACAUGUUGUGAAAUACUACUGAAGCCGCUAUUAAAAUAGAGUAUUUCAAAAGCCGCUAUUUAUAUUCGAUAGAUAGUUUCAUUUCGUUACUAAAAAAAGGCACUACAAUCCAUUGCUACUCUUAAGGUUGACUGUCAUAAUAUUUUCAAGCAGGGUUGCCACCUUUUUUUGAACAAAUAUAGUAUUUUUCCCAAAAAUUAUGAAAAAAUAUAGUACUUUUGGAGAAAUUCAGGAAUAUAAAAGUACACAUUUAUUUUUAAACAGUACAACAAUAUGUAUUUUUCCAUAAAUAUGUAUAUCUGUUAUUGCUCUGCUUUGCCCAUCAAUUACAAGUUUAUUUACCUUUAAAAUAAUUAUAGGAAUCAGAGCAAUUUAGAUUCAUAUUAAAAUAAAUUAACAAUUCAUUUCUUUAUUUUAUUGUUUUUUUUUUGGGAGACUUGCGAAAACCAUCAUCACUUUACAAGAUUUUAAUUAUUUUAACAGUAGUGAAUAAACACAUAUAAAAUUUGGCUGGCAUUCAUUGACAAAUUAUUGACAGUUUGACUGUUGACAUUUUGUUACUGUGAAUUUGUUUUGUUCUGAAAUUCCCCAUGCUGCAUUGUGGGUGCAUUCCAGACUUCCUGUCACAGUUAAAAUAUAAAAACGCGACAGUUGAAUUAGGAAUGAAAAAAAGUAUUUUUCUUACUAUAUUACAUACAUACAUACAUAAACACUCACACCUGUCACCCAGAGGGGUAGGCAGAGACUACGGACUUCCAUUUGGCGGGAUCCUGACACACCUCUCUCGCCUCUUUUACAUCGAUAUAUCUGCACAUACACGCUCAUUGGUUAAGGGUACUCCUAAUCUGGCCCAUUUUUAAUGUAUCGCCGAUUUGGUCGAUAAACCUUCGUCUAGGGCGUCCCUUAUUAUUAUUAUUUUUCUAUAAUAUCUAUAUAUAUCUUUCUUGAUAUGACUAAAGCUUUCGAUUUCGUAGACCAUAAAUUAUUACUAUAUAAGCUUGAAAAAUACGGAAUCCGGGGAAAAGCACAUGACUGGCUGGAGAGUUAUCUGACUGGCCGUGAACAGUGCGUAGAGGUUGCUAAAAUUCAAAAGGGCAAUAAAAUUACAAGCAGAUCUCGGUUGCAAAAUAAUAAAUACGGUGUCCCACAGGGAAGUGUGUUAGGUCCCUUUUUAUUUCUUAUAUAUAUUAAUGAUCUUCCAAACGUCACUGACCACGAAACUGUUCUGUUUGCGUAUGAUACUACUGUAAUUAUUAAGUGUAAGGAUAGAAACAACUAUGAAAAUGAAAUAUCUAUUGUACUCGACAAAAUCUUUAGAUGGCUUAAAAGUAACAAUUUGAAAAUAAACUUAAAUAAAACCAAGAUGAUACAAUUUAGAGAUUUUAGAACUCCACCUAUUGAACUUAACAUCUGUUACGAUAGUACAAAAAUAGAAGUCAACUGUACUAAAUUUUUAGGAUUAAUGGUUGACAGACACUGUGACUGGAAGAAUCAUAUAAAGUAUGUAUGCGAUAAACUAGAGAAAUUUGUUUAUGCUAUAAAACAGCUGCGGUUGACAGUGUCGAAUGAAGCGGCAUUGAGCGCAUACCAUGGCUAUGUCUCCUCAGUGCUUUCAUACGGUCUCUUGUUGUGGGGCAACUCGGUUGAUGUUGGCAAGGCCUUUCGUGUUCAAAAGAAGUGUGUAAGGGCUAUUUGUGGAGCUUGGUCUUUAGAUAGUUGCAAACCUUUAUUUCACAAAUUUCACAUACUGCCUUUAGUUUGUAUGUACAUACGGGAACUUUGUGUUUUUGUUAAACAGCAUCCACAAUAUUUCACCAUUAACUCAAGUUUAAUCAGUAGAAGUGCCAUGCCAAGAAAUAAAUUUAAGCUCCAUCUGCCUCUAUGCAAGCUUGAC